AUGUCUACGCACGGCUCUCUCAAUGAGAAACUUCUCAAAAGACGCCCUCGAGCUUCCUCUUUGCAUCGUAUAGAGACUGACAAAGGUCAUCAUCUAACAGGCCCCUUCAUGGUCCAAACACCUUUAGGGUCCAAUACACCAGAGUCUUGUGAAUCUCCCGUCUCCAGCGAUAGCUUCAGCAUGAUCAAACCGAAAGGAGGGUUGGUCGCAGACCUUCUCAAUGCUAGAUGGGUUGUAAAUCCAGUCUCGUCCUUCAAGUUGCUUAUGAUACCCGUCUUACUGUAUAUCAAUUGGGAAUUAUUGGCCCCAUACAUUGCUCCGGGACUCCCCAAUCCAGUCGCCCCUCUUCUUUUUAUAUCUUACCGAAUUCCUGAUUCCUCUCCCGACGAUCCACGCUAUGGUAAAGGUUAUUUGGACCUGGCUUUUCUUGCAUUCCACAUCGUUUUCUACUCCUUCGUACGCCAAUUCGUCACUACUGCCAUUUGUCACCCUAUCGCUCGCUACUUUGGCAUAAAGAAGCGCGGAAAACUUGACAGGUUCGGUGAACAAGGCUAUGCUCUCAUGUACUUUGCUAUUAUGGGUGCUUGGGGCUAUCGCAUCAUGGGUCAACUUCCGACAUGGUGGUAUCGCACUGAAUACUUUUGGAUUGAUUACCCUCACUGGCAGAUGAAACCCGAACUUAAACGUUACUUCCUCAUGCAAUCGUCUUAUUGGUGUCAACAGUUUAUCGUACUGUUCCUAGGUCUCGAGAAACCGCGCAAGGACUACAACGAACUCAUCGCACAUCACUUCGUUACCCUAUGGCUAGUCGGAUGGGGCUAUCUCACCAAUCUGACGUUGAUCGGACAUGCUAUCUAUAUGAGUAUGGAUAUCCCGGAUGCUUUUCUGGCUUUCUCCAAGUUGCUCAAUUACAUGGGAUUCCACAGACUCAAAGUGUGCUCCCUUGCAGUUUUCCUUGUCGCAUGGACUUACUUCCGGCAUUGGCUGAACCUCGUCAUCCUCCGAUCUAUAUGGUUCGAGUUCGAUCUUAUCGACGAGAGCAAUCGUGUAUGGGCCCCUAAAACUGGCGCUUGGCUUACUUGGUGGAUGAAAUAUCAAAUAGCUUUUCCCAUCUCCCUGCUCCAGCUGCUCAAUCUUUUCUGGUACUAUCUUAUCUUGCGCAUCGUGAUAAGGUCAUACAUCCGGGAUGUCAAGGUUACGGAUGUCCGAUCUGACGACGAGGAUGGCGAUGACGAUGACGAUGACGAUGAUACAAAAGACGCCAAGGAUGACUAG